CCAGGGGGCGGGUGCCCGCCCCCUCCCCCACGUGGCCAGAACGGGCUGUGGUGGUGCGGCGACCAGUGGUUGCCGGUUCUGGUCCUCCCUGACUUCCCCGGCCUGUGGGCCCGCUGCCUGCAGAGAUGCCGAAGAUCAAGUCUGGGGCGAGCGGCUGCCGCCGCGAGCGGCAACAACGGCGCCGGGAGCUGAAGGGCGCCGGAGGACUCAUGUUCAACACGGGGAUUGGGCAGCACAUUUUGAAAAAUCCUCUCAUUGUUAACAGCAUUAUCGAUAAGGCUGCCUUGAGACCGACUGAUGUGGUGCUGGAAGUUGGACCUGGAACUGGCAAUAUGACUGUAAAGUUGCUAGAAAAGGCAAAAAAGGUAAUUGCCUGUGAACUUGACCCAAGGCUAGUAGCUGAGCUUCACAAAAGAGUUCAGGGCACGCCUCUGGCCAGCAAACUUCAAGUAAUGGUGGGUGAUGUGUUGAAAACAGAUUUGCCAUUCUUUGAUGCUUGUGUAGCAAAUUUGCCUUAUCAGAUCUCUUCUCCUUUUGUCUUCAAGCUGUUGCUGCACCGACCUUUUUUCAGAUGUGCUAUACUUAUGUUUCAAAGAGAAUUUGCUCUCCGACUGGUUGCAAAACCUGGAGAUAAGUUAUACUGCAGACUGUCAAUUAAUACACAGCUAUUAGCACGUGUGGACCAUCUAAUGAAAGUCGGAAAGAAUAACUUCAGACCACCACCCAAGGUGGAAUCCAGUGUCGUAAGGAUAGAACCUAAGAAUCCCCCACCACCUAUCAAUUUUCAGGAAUGGGAUGGCCUAGUAAGGAUCACCUUUGUUAGGAAAAACAAGACACUGUCUGCUGCAUUUAAGUCAAGUGCAGUGCAACAGCUACUGGAAAAAAACUACAGGGUUCACUGUUCAAUCCAUAAUAUUAUAAUACCAGAAGACUUCAGCAUAGCAGAUAAAAUACAGCAAAUCCUAACCAGCACAGGUUUUAGUGACAAGCGGGCCCGUUCCAUGGACAUAGAUGAUUUCAUCAGACUGCUACAUGGGUUCAAUGCAGAAGGUAUCCACUUCUCUUAGUUAUCUGGAAAAGACGUUUUCAAACUCAAGAAAAGAAAGUGGAAUUAUAUCUUAAUAAUUUGAGAGGAUGAACUAUGCUUGGACACUACGUGCUUGACUAUUUUUGACUGACUACCAUUGUCAUCAUUUAUUACUCUGAAUUUUUAGGGAAGUAACUCAAUUCUAACUUUCCAAGGUGGUUUUUUUCUUUGUUUUUGUUUGAUUUUGAUAUAUAACAUAGGGCAGGGUCCAAUUUAUAUACAAUAAUCUUCAAGAGCCGCAGACACGCACAACUUUACACUUAAAGUUAUUUCUAACUGUACUGUAUAAAGAUGUUACACUUCUGUUUUCUUUGUUAUGUAUUACUGUGAGAACCUUUUUUUUUAGGCUUUUAGCUCUUUAGGCCUUUGUCCUUCAAGUCACAAAAAAGUUAAACAUAUGCUUAAUAUAGUCAUAUAUUCCCCAUACAGUUUCUUCUUGUUAUUCAUGUGUACAGUAAAGCAAUCAUUUCCUAAAAUGUUA